AUGGGCUUUGAGGAGGUUGCAGCCUUCUCCAAUUCCCACCCCCCUCAAAAUAUACAAGAUUCAGUCGAGAGAUGGCUCUCUCCGGUGUCGAGGGAAGAGCCAGGCCGAUUCUACAACUUCAGCAGACAUUCGCAGGAACGAUGGGCAUUGAAUACCUACAACUUCAAGCCGGACGUCGAUCAAACUAGCAUCGCUUCCAUUGACGAUGAUGUCAGUGUGAGCGAUUCAGCCCAUGAGUCUUACUCCUCCGAGUCAUCUUCUCAAACGUCGUGGACGUCAACAACCGAUCCUGGCGACAUCUUCCUGGACGAGGAUGGUAGAGAGCCGCUUCCACCGCUUAAGAAGGUGCUCUCUCACACGGCACUCGAACCUCAAGAGCAGUUGUUGAAGGGACUACAGAACAAAGAUCAUAUUGCUUCUGACAGCAGCUGCCCCCUUGGGUAUGCCUAUCGUAGCCUCAAGGCUCGAGUCUCAACUCAUCUUCAACAACCCAGCCAAACCUGCUUACGACUCCGAGGGGGCGACGCCAGCUUUGACCCAGAUGCGCAGCAUUGGAGUGCUCGGAGGACUGCCUGUUCCUUCCGAAGACAAUGCCCACCUAGAUUAAAGAGGGAUACCGACGUGACAGAGCAAUUUGUGUCUCUUCUCAUCGUCUUUGCAAAGAGACUCAUCACCGCCAUAUGGCCCCUCUCGGACCGACCCCCAAUGAUGUCGGAUUGUUUCAAUGGAGCUGGUGUAUUACGCCUCGAUACCUUCAUCAAAGAAACUCUCCGACGCUCCAAGACAAGCUAUUCGACUCUGCAAGUUGCUCUGUACUAUCUGAUCCUCCUAAAGUCUAGGAUGUGUCAAGGACCGUCCAAGACCGGUUGGAGAGGCGAGUCGUCUGAGAGGUCACAAUGCCGAGCCAUGCAAUGUGGGCGUCGCAUGUUUUUGUCGGCUCUCAUGCUGGCUUCGAAAUAUUUGCAGGAUCGGAACUACUCAGCUCGUGCUUGGAGCAAGAUCUCUGGUCUCCGGAGCAAUGAAAUCAACGAGAACGAAAGAGAAUACCUUGCGCAGAUCAACUACGACCUCCAUGUUCCGAAAGAGGCUUUUGACAAUUGGAGCAAGAUUGUUUUGAUUUUGAGCAAAUUGUCGAGCGAGGGACCAGCGUGUCGGCCAAGCACUCUCAACGAGAACUUUGGUCCCCCUGGCGGUCGCCCGGGCGCUUCAUUGGCGGCCAUGAUAUCGCAAGUGGGUCUUGAAGAGAAUAUGAACGAGUAUGUGUUCUCAGAUUCGUGGUGGACUGCUUUGCUCCGGAAACUCGAGCCUAGCACUAUCAAAGACACGGCACACGUCGAUGAGUUCUUGCGAACUAACCUACCAAGCGACAAGAUGGAAAUCAUUGCGUCAUUGGCGCAGCUAAGCAAGCAAGUGAACAGACGGCCGGAGAGCUCAACCCCUGGCACGGAUGCUGGUACUCAUGGUUAUGAUCUGAAUUUCAGCGAGGCCUUGAAGACACGCAUUCCCGAGUCGACCAAGACUCAGCCGGUACAGGCUUUUCAAACUCUGGUUCAGAUGAGUCCGGCCAAGGGCCUGGCGUUACCAACUCGACCUCACCUUGGAAAUCUCCCAACUCCACAAACCACCCCUCGUCCGGAUCACUGUGCAUGGGAGCGAACCUGUAGCCGAUCUUCCCUUCGUUGCUCUGCAUCGUUGGACGCGUUGCGAAGCAUGCGGAAGCAGUGUUUGAUGAAUGCGAAUUUGGAACGUUGUCCUCCACCCCGACCUCAAAGCCUCGUCUUACCAUCUGUGAAGUGCCUUUUGCGUCCUGCAGAGACAAUUCAGGAACUUCCCAGUCGGUCAACGACCCCAGUAACUUCAUCACCGGCGUCGAUCUCGUCGGACUCGACGACCCUGACAUCCCGAUCUCGAUCAUCAUCUAUUUCGUCCAACUCUUCGUGGUCUUCCUGGGCACCAAGCAUACCCCAGUUGCGGAGAAGAGUGUGGAACGGCGUCAGCUCUCCUCUAUCUCGAGUAUCUUCGUUGUCGGACAGACACUGCAAGCCCGUCUCGACAGAUUGUCAGAGAUCGGAGAUCCCCUUUCACCGAGAAAGCUGUCCCGAGGAAUCUCGGGUUCAAGAACCAAAGAAUAUCCCUACCAGUUCCGAAGUCGCUGCCAUCCAUGGAUUGAUGUCGUUGUCAGCGUUGACAGAAUCACCCAGCCAGAGCGUCACCCCAACACCUCAGCGACUUGCUGAGAAAGGUGACGGCGGGGUACAGCAAAGGGAUAGUCACCCGAGGGGCCAAAAGAGAACUCUUUCCAAGAUCGAUUCCGACCUUCACGCCCAAGUGAGAAGUCUCCUCUCGCAGAGUCAGACGCAUAUGGAAGUCGUCGAAGAUUCUCUACCUCUUUACUCAUGCUUAACACCCACGCAAUUACAACAGCCGACCAAGCUCCUGAUGGAACCAAGGAGAGCCGUCUCCAACGCUGCAGGCACGAAACGUCAUUGCUCCAUGCAUCAUUCGUCUUCCACACCCGAUAUGUCAUUGCGCUUUCUCACAGAGGCCGUCGCGGCGUCCUGA